AUGAGCACAAGAAACCACAAAAUAGAGACAACUGAUAAGUGUAAUGAUGUCAGCAAAAGGUUCAAUUAUAGGUCAAAACUGAAUAUACAUAAAAAUUUCCUCACUGAAGACAAGCGCUACAAAUGUGAUGAGUGUGGGAAGACGUUCAGUAGAAAGACAAUACUAUUUAUUCAUUACAGAGUCCACACAGGAGAGAAACCAUACAUAUGUGAUGAAUGUGGGAAGGCUUUCAGUCAGAAAACAAAUCUAGUAGCUCAUCAGAGAGUCCAUACAGGAGAGAAACUGUAUAUAUGUGAUAAGUGUGGGAAGAGUUUCAGUCAUAAGUCAAGUCUAGUUAUUCAUCAAAGAGUCCACACAGGAGAGAAACCAUACAUAUGUGAUGAGUGUGGGAAGAGUUUCAGUUGGAAGAAAAGUCUAGUUAUUCAUCACAAAGUCCACACAGGAGAGAAACCAUUCAUAUGGUAUGCAUGUGGGAAGAGUUUCAAUCAACAGACCUAUCUACUUACUCAUCACAGAGUCCAUACAGGAGAGAAACCAUACAUAUGUGAUCAGUGUGGGAAGAGUUACAGUCAGAAGGCAAAUCUAGUUGCUCAUUACAGAGUCCACACAGGAGAGAAACCAUACAUAUGUGAUGAGUGUGGGAAGAGUUUCAGUCAUAAGAGAACUCUAGUUAUUCAUCAAAGUGUCCACACAGGAGAGAAACCAUACAUAUGUGAUGAGUGUGGGAAGAGUUUCAGUGAAAAGAGAGGUUUAGUUAUUCAUCAAAGAGUGCACACAGGAGAGAAACCAUACAUAUGUGGUGAGUGUGGGAAGAGUUUCAGUCAAAAGAGAAGUCUAGUUGUUCAUCAAAGAGUCCACACAGGAGAGAAACCAUACAUAUGUGAUGAGUGUGGGAAGAGUUUCAGUCAGAAGGCAAAUCUAGUUGCUCAUCACAGAGUCCAUACAGGAGAGAAACCAUACAUAUGUGAUGAGUGUGGGAAGAGUUUCCAUCAACAGAUUCAUCUACUUACUCAUCACAGAGUCCAUACAGGAGAGAAACUGUACAUAUGUGAUGAGUGCGGGAAGAGUUUCAGUCGUAAGAGUAGUCUAGUUAUUCAUCAAAGAGUCCACGCAGGAGAGAAACCAUACAUAUGUGAUGAGUGUGGGAAGAGUUUCAAUUAUAAGAGAAGUCUAUUUGCUCAUCAGAAGGUUCACAAAGAAGAGAAACCCUAUGUCUGCAAUGAGUGUGGGAAAGGACUUAUUCAGAAGUCAGAUCUACAUAUACACCUCAGAGUUCAUACAGGAGAGAAAUUCUAUUUAUGUGAUGUGUGUGGGAAAGGAUUCAAUCAGUAG